AUGACCUCCAACGACGACGAUACUGCAACAACGCACUCCACGCCGCUGAGUCCUGGCGCCACGAGUCAUCACCAGCCAGCCAUCCCAGAUUCCCUCCCAGCCGAGAUCCUUCAGCUCAUUUUCGAAGAGCUCUCUCUUCAGUCCCCCAUCAAUCUGACAAUGAGGGAAUUGGGUUGGCUGGUGGUCAGCCAUGUUUCGCGUCGCUGGCGCGAAGCCGCGAUCGAUCAUGCCGGUUUAUGGUCGACUCUCGACCUCGGUCAAUAUCAACUUUGGCCCAUCUUUUUGGAAAGGUCCAGGGAUACACCUCUCUCAAUAUAG